AUGCUCGCGUUCAAAUUAUUUUUGUAUUUCAAUAUUCUACUCCUCUGCUAUGGACAAGAUGCACUAAAUAAGUUAAAUGAAAUCGGAACGGAUCCAACUGACGAGCACAUAGAGCGGCCCUGUGAGAUUUUCGACAAGUUCUGUAUCCGCAAGUUCUUCGCGCAACACUCCAAGUGCAAGCCCGUGGAUGGCCCCGUGCCGGAUCCCCUCUACCGAGACAAGAGCACCAGCUAUGUUCCCCAUGUCAACAUCACCUUCAUCCCCAACUCCAUCAACAUUAGGGGGCUGAAUGGCAGAAUUGAAGAAUUUUACAUUAACAGGGUAACCGAUAAGCUAGUGCUGGCGGUCGAGUUUACUAACCUCAAUGCCACCUCGGACUAUGUGUACCUGAGGCUGCACCGCCGGGCGCAGGAGCCCAUCGUGGUUAGAGAUUAUGGCAGCAUCCAAUAUGAUUCUCUCUCUAUGACGAUAAUCAUACCAAACCUGAAGAAUCUUCAGCUAGAGAAAUCAGAAGUGUUCGCGUUUGUCAGCAACUUCAAGCUGGUACUGGGCCCAAACCUUGCCGCGAAUGGAGACCCCGAGGUACAACGAGCCAUGGCAGAGAUGAUGGCGAAUUACCAAAUAACAGUUCGCGAAAUCGUGCUCAACGACUCCCCCUUCUAUGUCGCCUCCUACAUCCAGUACAAUAUCUGUGAUUUUGGCGUCUACAUUCCUUGA